UCAGUUUCUAGCUCCUGAAAACUCUCAACACAAACCAGAACAGCAGUAUGAAGAACUCCGUCUUGGUCAUCCUCGGCGCCUUCGCAGUGCUGCUCGGCACAUCGUCGGCUACAAGCAAUAACUGUGUUAAUGUCAACUUUCCUGGCUUUUUUAACAUUGGAAAGUGUGUGAGCGCAAUUGGGAACACCUGCAAUGGAAUCUCGCUGAAUACGACUGUUCCCCAAUUCACCCAGCUGAUAACCUGUUCCGUCUCCGGCAUAUCGUCGCUCACCCUUGGAUCUCAGUUGUCUCUAGUCACCGGACUCAUCACUUACUUAACCGGAAGAAUACCCAUCGUCGGAAAUACCAUCUCAAUGCUCCUUAAGACACUCUGCAGCGGACCAUUUGCCCUGCCCGGCUGCAGCACGCUUCAACUGGGCAACAAUUCGACUUGCCAGGAUCCAAUCACGUUCAGCUUCCCAAGUGCUCUGGGUGUCGAAAAGUGUAUCAAUAACGUUACUCAAGUUUGCCAGAACGGGCAGCCGGCGACGGCAAGCGUUGUCCAGGGAUUUUUCAGCACACUUACGUGCCUGGCCGGGGUUGUUCUCAACACCAGCCCUGGUGGAGCCCUUUCCAGCAUCGUCUGCACCAUAUUCAAACUUAUUAGUACGUCGACGGGAGGGUCUUCAAUCAUUGCUGGCAUCAUAUCCCUGUUCCAGUCCAUCACUGGAACUACAUGCUGAUCGCACAGAGACCCGAAGAUACCGACCGGUCGUCGUCACCCACCGAUAUCAACAUCUCAAGUUGCCUAAUCAGGAAACGUUUCUUGUAUUAAAAGAAGGUUGGAAUAAACAUUUUGCUGCAUUAAA